AUGAAGCGCAAGACAGAUACACGAGGCUCCAUGGAUGGCAAUGCCAUGCCAGAGUCCAAGAAAAGAGCACUGUCUAGCGAGGAGGCUGCUGCCCGCUUCCGCGACGGUCUGUUCGACGUUGCCGAGCAGCAGAAGUAUACCGGCGAAUAUGCCAAAUCUUCGCCCUACCUGCACGGUGUCAUCCACUCCCUCAUUGAGCCCACCCUCCUCCGUUCCGUUCGCGAUGAGAUCCAAACCCAGGUGUCUUUCACUGAGAAGGAAACCGAUAUCUACAAGAUAUUCCAGUCUGGUGACCUUGCCAAUUUGGAUGGCUUGGAUGACUCCUCUCUAUCUAAGCUUCCAUCUGUGUUGAAGCUGCGCGAUGCGAUGUACUCAGCGCGAUUCCGCGAGUACUUGUCCUCCGUGACUGGCUCCGGCAAGCUCAGUGGACAAAAGACUGACAUGGCGAUCAAUGUUUACACAGAAGGAUGCCAUUUGCUUUGCCAUGACGAUGUGAUUGGUAGCCGUCGCCUCAGCUACAUCCUCUACCUCACCGACCCCGACACACCCUGGCAAGCUGAGUGGGGAGGUGCCCUGCGCCUGUUCCCAACAACCACUCAGAAGGAUGCCAAGGGCGAAGACGUCAAGAUCCCCAGCCCUGACUACAGCUUGUCCAUCCCGCCCGCGUUCAACCAGCUUAGCUUCUUCACCGUCCAGCCUGGUGAGAGUUUCCACGAUGUCGAGGAGGUAUACCACCCACGCGAAGACGAGGACAAGUCCAAGAAGCGCGUACGCAUGGCCAUCAGUGGCUGGUUCCACAUCCCACAAGAAGGCGAAGAUGGAUAUGAGGAGGGAUUGGAAGAAAAGCUCGCCGAGCGCAGCAGUCUCGCCCAGCUUCAAGGCCGCGGUGAUAUCUACGAUCUGCCCCAGCCCCAGCCCGUCUCUUGGGAAGAGCCCGAAGUUGAAGGAAAGGGCAAGGGCAAGGCCGAAGAGCAGACCGAGGGUGAGUUCGACGCAUCAGAACUCGAUUUCUUGGUUCGGUACAUCGCGCCUUCGUACUUGACCCCCGACAUCGCCGAGGAAAUGUCUGAUGCGUUCUCCGCCGAAUCUUCGCUCAGCCUAGAACGCUUCAUGAAUGACAAGUUUGCUUCGCGCAUGAGCGCCUACAUUGAGGAACAAGAGAGACAGGCUCUCCCCGCCACUGCGGAUGAAAUCCAAAAACAGCGCGGGUGGACUGUUGCUCGUCCUCCUCACAAGCACAGAUAUCUUUACCAGCACGCUUCUGGGAAGGAGGAUUCGGAGAAUCCUAUUCAGGAGCUCAUGAAUGUGCUAUUCCCUUCACAAGCUUUCCGGAAGUGGCUUGGUCUCAUCACUGGUGUUGACCACCUCACCAGUCACGAUUUGAUGGCGCGACGAUUCCGUCGUGGAGCAGAUUACACCCUUGCUAGUGCGUACGAGGGUGAGGAACCUCGCCUUGAAUUCUCACUCUGUCUCACCCCCACUCCCGGUUGGGAAAAGCAUGAAGAAGAGGAGGAGGAGGAUGAGGAGGACGAAGAGAACGAAGAGGGAGAUGCCAAGGAACCAUCUUCCAAGGCGUCCGAGCCCAAGGAAAAGACCAACGACGAUGCAGUCGAGGGACCUGCACUUGGUGGCUAUGAGAUUUACAUGGCCGGUGACGAAGAAGAGGAGGAAGAGGAAGACCCCGAAAAUGCAGACCAGGUUCUCGGACAGAAGAAGACCAAAGCCGAUCCCGCCAUCUACCGAUCGGCCGGCGCAGACGAGGACGACGGUAUUCUGUUCAGCACACAGGCCGGUUGGAACCGCCUUAGCAUUGUGCUUCGUGACAGUGGUACCCUCAAGUUCGUGAAGUAUGUCAGUGCGGCGGCCAAGGGUGACCGCUGGGACAUUACUGGUGAGAUCGGCGUUGAGUUCGAAGAUGAUGACGAGGAUGAGGAUGAGGAAGGGGAUGAAGAUGAUGAGGAAUAA